UCCACUUCUUCCGGUGAAGAAACAAGCGGAAGCGGAUAGUCACAAAAAUUAGGGAAGAAAAAUGGCGGGAAACCAAUUAUUUAGAUAUUAAAUAUCGACACAGCGAAAUGUGAAAUUCGAAAUUUCUGUUCAAUCACUUCAUUUCAAUCGCGGAAAAUCGGCACCAUGCAUGCGAAUCAGUUCGACGGCAACGCCGCCUUCGCCGGCGGCGGUUUCAUGCCUUCUCAGACCAAUCAAGGCGGUGAAUCCUCUCUCACUCCCUCCAAGAAUCGCGAAAGUCAAACUUUGCUUCCGCUGACGAUCAAGCAGAUCAACCAUGCUCUUCAAUCAAGUGAUGAUAGAACCGGUCUUACUAUUGACGGUGUUGGCGUUAACACCGUUACUCUUGUUGGUAGGGUUUGCAACAAAUCUGGACAGAUUACUGAAUUUAAGUUUGUACUUGACGAUGGCACCGGAACGAUUGAGUGUACUAAAUGGCUUCACGAACCUGCUGAUGCAAUGGCAGUGGAGAGUAUCUUGAAUGGAAUGUAUGUGCGGUUAUAUGGACAGUUGAAAGGUUUUCAGGGUAAAACCUUAAGUAUUUUCUCUCUCAGGCCCGUUACUGACUUCAAUGAGAUCGCCUCCCAUUUCAUUGAGUGCAUUUAUGUUCAUCUAUACAAUUCGAGGUUACAGUAUACCCAGGCUAGCAUCCCCAGUCAGCAACAUGCUCCCAAUUCCAUACAAAUCACUCCCACAAAAGGUUAUCAAGCUCAAGCCAUUCCACCAAAUCAAUUCUCCGGUCAGCAUAAUAAUGGUCAGAAGAGUGUUCAAGAGUUGGUGUUAGAAUAUUUGGCUCUUCCCACAAUCAGGGAAUUGGAGGGGGGAGUCUUUUGUGGAACUAUUGCAAAGCAACUUGGAGUUUCUUUGGAUAAUGACGUCAUACCUGCUCUUGAUCUUCUUAGUGGAGAAGGUGUCAUUUAUGAAGGUCUACCAAAGCACUAUAAGAUAUGUUCCGACGGUUGACAUCUUGGUGGCAGAGGCAUCAAUAUUCCCAGAAUAUGCUCUACUUUGCCCAAGUUUUUAUGCAUAACUGUGAUUCUACAUAUGUGGACAUGAGGAAAAGCUGUAGAUCUGGCUAGAUUUUGAACAACUUGUCGUCUUUUCUCAGUAGCUAAUGUAUUUUUUUUUAUGUAUCCAAGUUGACCCUUGAACUAGCGACAGAUAGCAUGACGAAUGCAUCUAUCGUGUAAACGGGUUUUUCUCAGAUUGUUGGAGAUUAAUCACAAUUGUUUAAGGGAAAUGACAAUUUGUUAGAUUGAUAUUUAGUCCAUUAAUGUUAGAUUGAUAUUUAGUCCA